AUGCGCAAGCGCGUGUUUUGCUACGAAUUCAAACUGGAUUACGACAGUCUCGAUGAGCAACUACAACAGCAGCAACAAUAUCACAGUCAAGAUGUGCCAGAGUGGGACACGGGAUGGCCACACCACGGUGGACCGGAAAAGGUGAUAGUGGAGGUUCAAGAGACGGCUACCGAUUCGGUGUCGCUAAUCGAGGCGAGCACCGUUGUACAUAAUUCCACAGAACCUUUAGAGGAAUCUGGACCAACGAUAGUUGUAAGGCCCGAGGAGGCACUAAUCGUACUUUUCGUACUCAUACUAUGGGUUUGCGCAAUUGGACUGUUCUUUCACCGGUGGGGCAAGAUUCGAAUGCUCGAACCGUACCAACCAAAAUUCAUCCAACAGCAUCGUGGUUCCUGCCCGCUGGUGGACUUGGAUCUGGACCUUCCAACCGUGCCACAGGUAAAGAGAUCAUCCCUUUCAAAAAUGUCCCUCGGUCUGCCACCAACGAUGACGUCUGUUUGUGCGGGAGGAUAUCCCGGAUACAUGCGACCGCGCCAAAAUUCGGUGUUUGUGGGACCCCACGUGGUUUCGCCUCCGCAACCACCGAGGAAGACACGGUCGGCUGUCGACAUCCACUCGAUGAUACUGAGCGAAGGUGAUUCGGAAGCGGUUUAGUUCCAACUACCAUCCAUCCAUCCAUCAGCAAAUCUCUAGCCUCUCAACCAGCCAACAACAACAUCACCAUCGUCGUCGUCGUCAGGGGCCAACAUUCCCGGGCCAGUUUGAAAGGGCAGUGUUGGUGCAUCCUACAAAACAACUCAAUAUUUUUAUAUCAUGAUAUACAUAUAUUUACAUUUAGCUUUUCCUUUUUAUACAAGAGUGAUGUUUGAACCAGAGCAACAACAAAAAAAAAAUAAUAGAAGAAAUAUGGAAACAGUAGUCGUAAAUACGGUUCACCCUUGUUGAGUAUGGCCAAAUGGUAGAUCAUUUUCUCGUGUAUUUGAAGUGUUGUUUAUACUCGUAACGUUUUAUGACCAAACUAGACGUUGAUUCACAAACAAAAACAAAAAAACUAGACCGAUGCAUGCGUUGAAGCGUGUGCAUCUGUAAACGGGUUUUACUUGUAAAAGCGCUUUCGAAAUUCCAUUUAUGAUGAAUUUUGAGCAGAAUAAUUCUAAAAAUAGCACAUUAAUAACCGACAAGAAUCAAAAACACACAUACGUACAAUAUCGGUUGGGAAAGUGGUACGGCACGGGAUUGGCAGCAGACAAUGCCCCUGCACGAAAUUAAUCCAUUCUCUGAUCGAGCGGUGCACCAAACAACAUAGAUCGAGAUUAAAAUAUCCAAUCCACUUCCUGGCGAGUAUAAAUGAUGGCAGAAAGAUUCUGCACUGACAUGUUUAGAGUGGUUUUCAAUUUUAAAACAAAUUUAUAAAGGCGCGAAAUGACGCAGGACCAACGAAGACACGAAGAUAAUAUGAUUUUUUUGGGUUUAGAUAAAAUUGAAACACGAAAAAUAUGUUUAAUUUUAAAACCACUAACUGAAUAUUGAAUCACCGUGCGUCUCCAUGAAACGGGUUCAAAACAAGUUUGAUUUGCAGGCAAUUAGAAAAGCUCCUAUAAAUUAUAUUUCGUCAAUUAUCGGUACUGCAUCGUGAACAUGGCUAAAUCGUGGAGCUGACAAAUCUUAACUUUUGGCCUCACUCGAGAAAUCUCCCAGUUUAUUUCUUUAUCAGAUCUUCAGAAAAUGUUAUGACAGAAAGCCAAGUUAAACAAUGCAAAGCUCAAUUAUUUAAGUAGAUAUCGAGUUAAUGAUGUAAACGUAGCUAUUCAGUUUGGAAUACAGUUAUGUAAAUGUCUAGAGCAAAUAGAUAUUCUAAGGUGUUACUCUUUAACCUCUUCAAACAAGCAUACAAAAAUAUGGAAUAGAACGUGAUUGUUGACAAAGACUAGAGGAUUGAGCAUGAAAUAAAAGUUUUAUGAAACAAUA